AUGAAAUUUGAUCGUUUUCUCUGCGAAUCCGCUGAACUUGCUGCUUCUGCUAUAGCCACUGCCAACAUUCAACUUAAAAUUGCAGCAAUAAUUACGUAUGCAAUUGCAACACCUGAUCGUGUGAUUGUUGGUGUAAAACAAGAAAAAUUUGGAAAACAAGAUGAAAACGAUGCUGAUUUUAACCACAAUAAGAUAAAAAUAUUAUUUAAGUCUGUUGUUAGCGCAAUUAAUAAAACAAUGGCUUUAAACAAAGCUAAAAAGUCUUUAAUUUCAUUUUCUGGACUUAAGAAAAAUUUAGGAGAAAUUUUUGUUGAUUUAGAAGGAGGAAAAUCACUAGAUUUAUUUAAAAACGACGUGGAAAUCAAAUCAUUGGCAUUGAAGUUCUUGCGUUUAACAAAGUUAAAUAUCACAAUAUCAUGUUGUAAAAAUUUAUCUUUGUUAUUGGUAGAUUUAAUGAGUGACAAUUCUAUUAAAUACUAUGAAACUACUGGAAAAGACUAUGUCGCUUCAAUAAUUAAUUAUAAUGAUGAAUAA